AUGGUUCGCUUUGCUGAUGUUGGGUGUGGCUUCGGUGGGCUGCUAGGUGCGUUGGUGACUGCUGCUGUUGGGCGUGCAUGCUGGUCUCACCACUGCAUGCAUCUUCGCCCGCUUCUCCUUUGCUCCUCCCUCCUGCCUCUCUCUGCCACGUGGCAACUUGGCAAGUGCAGCUCUCCUCUCCUCCGCCGUCGCCUCAUCAUCCAUCUCACUGCAACUUCAGUGAAGCUGUCUCCCAUGUUUCCAGAUACACUCAUGGUUGGAUUCGAGCUACGUGACAAAGUGAGCGAGUAUGUGAAGGAUCGCAUUCUGGCUCUUCGACAGCAGCACCCCUCCCAGUACACCAACAUCUCGCUGAUCCGCACCAACGCCAUGAAAUACCUCCCCAACUACUUCAAUAAGGCACAGGCAGCUGACAAAGAUAUUGUCUCCCACCUUGUCGUCUUGACUUGCUUUGCCGUACCAUCCCUGUCCUCCUCACCCGUCUCCUUCGCCACUCCCCCUCCAUCCUCACGGCCUUUCAUUCCUCACCCUCUCCCCUGCUUCUCUCCUGCAGCUGACCAAGAUCUCACCAAGAUGUUCUUCCUCUUCCCCGAUCCGCACUUCAAGGAGAAGAACCACCGCCGUCGAAUCAUCACGAUGGCUCUUCUGGCGGAGUAUGCAUAUGUGCUCGCUCCAGGAGGCAUCCGCUACAGCAUCAUGGAUGUGGAGGAACUGGGCAUGUGGAUGGCCGUUCGAGUCGACUCAGAAGUUACCUCUGUGCCACUCCCCACAUCCCCCCUCCUCCCUCUCCCCCCUGUCAUGCGAGCAGGCAUAUUGUACAGCAUCACAGACGUGGAGGAGCUGGGCACGUGGAUGGACGACCACCUGGCUGCACACCCACUCUUCCACAAGCUCACUGCCGCCCAGAUGGUGAGCUCACUGCCGCCCAGAUGGUGA